UUUCAACCCACUUUUAUUAUAGGUGGAAAUUUUGUUUAUGGUGCCAGUCCCCAAGAAGCUGUCAACAAUCCCAGUACCAGCAGUUGUGAGGAGAGAGAUAGACCUUUCUUUAAAACUGCUGCUCAUCAGUUGGUUCUUGAUCAGCAAAAGAAAUAUGGUCAAGGGGCAAUGAAUGCUGAUUUAUAUGGAUCAGGUAAAAGGUCUUUGGGUGUUAGGAAGACAGUUAACAACAAGUUUGUUCCACCUGUUAGAAGACCAGAGGAUGAAGAUGUUGGUAGUGGGGCAAUGAUAAGGAAGUGCCUUCCUGGUAGCAGUCAUCAGCAAAGUGGAAAACGGGGCAACAGUUAUGAAGAGAGUCCUUAUGCUGGCCUUAUGGAAGAUGAAAGAUUGAAGAAUAUCGAACCAAAAAUGAUAGAACUGAUAAUGAAUGAAAUCAUGGACAGUGGACCACCAGUAAGUUGGGAUGACAUCGCAGGCUUAGAAAUAGCAAAAACUACAAUUCAGGAAAUCAUUGUCUGGCCAAUGUUACGACCUGAUAUUUUUACUGGAUUACGAGGACCUCCAAAAGGCAUAUUGCUGUUUGGCCCUCCAGGAACUGGAAAAACAAUGAUUGGUAAAUGUAUCGCAAGUCAGAGUGGAUCCACUUUCUUUAGCAUCAGUGCAUCAUCUUUAACAUCUAAAUGGAUCGGUGAAGGUGAAAAAAAUGGUUCGAGCUUAUGGUUUAUCGCGAGAUGCCAUCAGCCAGCUGUGAUAUUUAUUGAUGAAAUUGAUUCGCUUCUUACCCAGCGAUCAGACACUGAACAUGAGAGCUCCCGUCGCAUCAAGACAGAAUUUCUUGUUCAAUUGGAUGGAGCCACAUCAGGAAAUGAAGAAAGAUUGCUUCUUGUUGGUGCAACUAAUCGUCCCCAGGAACUAGAUGAAGCUGCUCGAAGACGACUUGUCAAAAGACUUUAUAUUCCACUUCCAGAGGAAAUGGCUCAGCAGCAGAUUAUAAGAAAUUUGAUGAUGAACCAGAAUCAUUCCUUAACAGAGGAAAGUAUUCAAAGAAUUUGCCAACAUACAGAUGGGUAUUCAGGUGCUGAUAUGGCUAACUUAUGCCGUGAAGCUGCCCUAGGACCAAUACGCUCAAUUAGUUUCUCAGAUAUGAAACACAUCUCUGUUGAUCAGGUCCGUCCAAUAUCUGAGGAGGAUUUCAUGACUGCCUUACUUUCUAUUAGAGCAAGUGUCUCUGAUAAAGAUCUACAGAUGUAUGAAGACUGGAAUAAGAAGUAUGGUAUUGCAUCAAGAUGAAUGAUCAUGAUGGUCAUCACAAUGCUAUGUAAGGUCUUUCUUUAUGAUUUUGGAGAACGUGUGUGUGUGUGUGGGGGGGGGGGGGGUACAGUGUUACUUUUAAGUAAUCAAUUAAUUGUGACAGUCUAAAAUAUUUUUUAUUAUGAAAGUUGAAUUAAAAUAGGUAUAUUUUUCUAAGUCAUCCAUGAAUGGAAUGAGAAAACAUGAAAUUCACACUUACCUUUCCAUUAUGUAUUCUUUUGAGUUUUAUAAUUGAAUCAUAAGCCAUAAAAUCAACUGAAUAUAGUAGGGCUUAUUGGUGUUGAAUAGUUUUUAGUAUAAAACCAAACUUCUGUUAUGAAAAGCUUUGGACAUGUCCUUGAGGAUACACUGAGAAUUAAAAUGUAGGAUAUGUACUGGUAAUAAUUUGUUGCAUAAAACAUUCUGAAAGGUUGCAAGUAACUAAUUAUCAAAAUUAAACUGAUUUUGGAAAUUGAAAAAGUGGGAUAUAAAAUUCUUUAUGUACACUUCAACCUCCCCUUUGUUGGUUUUGCCAUAAUGAUAAAUUUGCUAAUUUGUGUCUUUUACUAGUAGAAAGAUAAUGGCAUCCUUUUAGCAUUUUACAUUUACACUCAUAAGACUAUGGCAAUUUGGAAAACAAUCAGAUAAAGAUGAACUGCAUAAUGAAAGAUUACUCUCUCUCUCUCUCUGAAAUAUUUCAAUAUUGGAGAGACCAAUAGAAAUAUAGCACUCCUAGCUAUUAAUUCAAAUGGAAAAUUUGCAGUUAUGUUUAAUCUAAAAGGACUUUUCUGUAAAGGCAGCCACUAAUGCUCAGUUAUGCCUGUUCAGUCAGCCUGUGUAGACAAAGCUAACCCCACUAAUGUUCAGCUAUACCUGUGGGCAAAACUGAACAUUAAUAGGUUCAGUUUUGCCUGCACAGGCUGACUGUGUAGGUAUAACCAAGUUAGUGGCAGCCUUAAGGCUUGGUUACAAAUAAUUGCUUGAACAUGGAGGGGGGAAGAGGAAUAAAAGAGGAUUCUUUAAUAUUAUGUAGUAAUAUAAGCUGCUUUCUAAUUUUCACAAGGAAAAUAUGAAUAAUAAUGUAAAUUACUUUUAUAAAAAGUUGCAGUGUUUGGUAAAAAAAAAAAAAAAAAAAAAAGCUCUGCACUAAAUAAGUUUACGUCAUACUGAGUCAGUGGCACCCUUUUUUAUUAUGAUAGAUUCUAAUUUUAUUUUAUUUUACAUAAGUAUGUU